UUUUAACUUAAUAUCUUAUGACCUAGGUUGUAUUACUAAACUUGAGCAACUUUAGGCCAAGCUAACCAGUGAUCCAUUAGUAUACUUUGGUUUAAUCUUUGCAGAAUUCUAAAUAAAUGAAUUGGAGCAGGAGAAUCUGGAAAGAGCACUAUUGUUAAACAAAUGAAGAUCAUCCAUAAGAAUGGCUACAGUGAACAAGAAUGCAUGGAGUUUAAAGCAGUAGUUUACAGCAAUACUGUGCAAUCCAUCCUCUCUAUUGUGAAAGCCAUGGCUACCCUUGAGAUUGAUUAUGCAAAUCCCAGAAGCGCAGAAGACCAGAGACAACUUUGUGCUUUGGCAAAUACCCUGGAAGAUGGUGGCAUGACGCCUCAACUUGCAGAGAUCAUAAAACGGCUGUGGGGAGAUCCAGGAAUCCAGGCCUGCUUUGAAAGGGCAUCUGAAUACCAGCUCAAUGAUUCAGCAGCAUACUACCUUAAUGAUUUAGACAGAAUAACAGCUCCCGGGUAUGUUCCAAAUGAGCAAGAUGUUCUGCAUUCAAGAGUGAAAACGACUGGAAUCAUUGAAACUCAAUUCUCCUUUAAAGACUUGCACUUCAGGAUGUUUGAUGUCGGUGGACAGAGAUCAGAGAGAAAGAAAUGGAUCCACUGCUUUGAAGGAGUCACCUGCAUUAUCUUCUGCGCUGCCCUCAGUGCCUACGACAUGGUCCUCGUGGAAGAUGAAGAAGUGAACAGAAUGCAUGAAAGCCUCCACCUUUUCAACAGUAUAUGUAAUCACAAGUAUUUUGCCACCACCUCCAUCGUCCUGUUUCUCAAUAAAAAAGAUCUGUUUCAAGAAAAAGUGACGAAGGUGCAUCUUAGUAUCUGCUUUCCUGAGUACACUGGGCCUAAUACAUUUGAAGAUGCAGGGAACUACAUCAAGAAUCAAUUUCUAGACCUGAAUUUAAAAAAAGAAGAUAAAGAAAUUUAUUCCCACAUGACCUGCGCAACAGAUACCCAAAAUGUCAAGUUUGUGUUUGAUGCAGUUACAGAUAUAAUAAUCAAAGAAAAUCUGAAGGACUGUGGACUUUUCUAAUUAUUUUUUCUUUUCCAUUUAUGCUUGUGCAUGCUUUCCAAGUUACAAACAGUGAAAGGUUCCGUGUGAUGGGUUUGGUUUGAAUAAUUAUUAGCAGACAUAG